GAAGAUGAGCUGGCCCAGUUUGCUUUGUUUGUAGAAGGGAUGGUUCAGUUUGCAUUCUUUGCAGGAACAGAUCCAGUCAACUUCGAGGAGGCCAUCCAAAGUGAAAACUGGAAACGAGCCAUGGAUUCCGAGAUAAACUCAAUAGAGAAGAACGACACCUGGACUCUAACUGAUCUGCCACAAGGAGCCAAGAGCAUAGGAGUCAAAUGGGUGUUCAAAACCAAGUUGAAUCAACAUGGAGAGGUUGAGAAGUACAAAGCCAGGCUCGUAGCAAAAGGUUAUGCUCAAGAACAUGGAAUCGAUUAUGAAGAGGUUUAUGCUCCUGUUGCACGAUUGGAUACAGUCAGAAUGAUCUUAGCUCUAUCAGCUCAGAGGGGUUGGACAGUCUAUCAGCUGGACGUGAAGUCAGCGUUUCUGCAAGGAGAACUAACAGAAGAGGUCUUUGUUGAGCAACCAAAGGGGUAUGAACGGAGGAACGCAGAGAGUAAAGUCCUCAAGCUUCGUAAAGCUCUUUACGGUCUCAAGCAGGCACCAAGAGCCUGGUUCAGCAGGAUAGACUCUUAUUUUCGAAAGAUGGGGUUUGAGAAGGACGCAAGUGAGCAAACGCUGUUUACCAAAACUAAUGAACAAGGUAACACUCUCAUCAUUAGCUUGUAUGUUGAUGACUUGAUAUACACUGGGAGUGAUGAAACGAUGAUGAGAAAGUUCAAGGAAUCAAUGAUGAGAGAGUUUGAUAUGUCAGACUUGGGGGAGAUGAGGUAUUUUCUUGGCCUUGAAGUGAUGCAGGUUGAUGGAGGAAUAUUUGUAAGCCAGAAGAAGUAUGUGAAUGAAGUGCUGAAGAGGUUUGGAAUGGAAGAGAGUAACUCAGUUUUGAAUCCAAUCAUUCCUGGAUUCAAAAUUCAUAAAGACGACGACGGCGUGAGAGUUGACGAAUCACUCUACAAGCAGCUGGUUGGAAGCCUAAUGUAUUUGACUGCAACAAGGCCGGAUGUGAUGUAUGCUGUGAGUCUCAUCAGUAGGUACAUGUCGAAACCCACUGAACUUCAUCUUACUGCAGCCAAGAGAAUUCUCAGAUACCUUCAAGGAACGACUGCAUUUGGAAUCUUCUAUCAGAAGAAAGGGAAUUCAGAGCUUAUUGGGUUCACAGACAGUGAUUAUGCAGGGUUUAGGGGAACGAUGAUGGACAUAACGAAGCUGAAGCCUCCACAGAUUACUUUCUACUGCUCAGCGUUAUCUGUCUUCAUCACGGUUCUGUUGACGUUACAGCUCGUGUCUCAGCAUCUCUCUCACUGGAAGAACCCUAAGGAGCAAAAGGCUAUACUCAUUAUUGUCCUCAUGGCUCCUAUCUACGCCGUUGUUUCCUUUGUUGGUUUGUUAGAUGUAAAAGGAAGUGAAAUCUUCUUUCUCUUCCUAGAAUCCAUCAAAGAAUGCUACGAAGCACUCGUCAUUGCGAAGUUCUUGGCGUUGAUGUAUAGUUACUUGAACAUAUCUAUCAGCAAAAACAUUGUCCCUGAUGGUAUCAAAGGAAGAGAGAUUCACCAUUCUUUCCCCAUGACUUUCUUCCAGCCUCAUGUAGUGCGUCUGGAUCAUCGAACUCUGAGACUUUUGAAAUACUGGACAUGGCAAUUUGUGGUGAUCAGGCCCGUGUGCUCCAUCUUGAUGAUAGCUUUACAGAUCAUCGGUUUUUAUCCUUCUUGGCUGAGCUGGACAUUCACUAUAGUUCUCAACCUCUCGGUCUCUCUGGCGCUCUAUUCGCUUGUGGUUUUCUACCAUGUGUUUGCUAAGGAGCUUGCUCCUCAUAAUCCACUCGCAAAGUUCCUCUGCAUCAAAGGGAUUGUCUUCUUCUGCUUCUGGCAGGGAAUAGCGCUAGACAUUCUGGUGGCAGUGGGAGUGAUCAAGUCCCAUCAUUUCUGGCUUGAGGUAGAGCAAAUCCAGGAGGCUAUUCAGAAUGUGUUGGUAUGUUUAGAGAUGGUCAUCUUCGCUGCGGUUCAGAAGAAUGCUUAUCAUGUUGGUCCUUAUAGCGGGGAGACCAAGAAGAAACUCGAUAAAAAGACUGAAUGAUCUUGUCUCCGGUUAGAACGGGAAGCGUACUGUUUUUUGUUUAGCUGUCUUGGGGACUUUGAAACUCUUGCUUGUCAUGAUUGGGGAAUAAGAGACAAAAAAAAAUAAUGUUUUGAGAACAAUGUUAAUUAAACUACUACUAUACACUCUUAUUAUCAA